AAAUCCCUGCGGCAACCCACUUCCAGCAGUGUGAUAUUGGUGAACUUUCGCCUACACGGAGUGUUUUUAUUACUUUUGGCGUAGGAGGAGUGGUCUUAUGACAGAGUCGCGGAUUCCCUUGCUACUCGCCGAGCUGCAGGACAUGAUCAUGGGGAGCGUUCUGGCCAAAUGUGCCAUCACCGACCUGGGCAUCCAAUGGGCUGGCUGGGCUCUGGCUGCGGCUUUCAAAACCGAGAAGUUUUAUGACUUGGCAGGCUCUGGCACAUUUAUACUACUUGCACACCUGAGUCGUAUCUGGGGAGGGGCCAGUCAUACCCGGCAGAAGGUGCAGACAGGGUUGGUAACAGCAUGGGGACUCAGGCUGGGGACAUUCCUCUUCAUGCGAAUCUUGAAGGACGGUCAUGAUCGCAGGUUUAACAAUGUUAGAGACAGCCCUGGGACAUUCUUUGUGUAUUGGACUGUUCAAGCUGUGUGGGUAUUUAUGACCCUCCUGCCCACCCUCAUGCUGAACAGUGAGAAGCGAAAUGUGCCUCUGGGAACGAGGGACUACAUUGGCUGGACCAUUUGGGGCCUUGGCUUUGCUACAGAAGCUAUUGCUGACCAGCAGAAAUGGGUUUUCAAGCGUGACCCAGAUAAUGCUGGGAAGUUCAUCCAGAGUGGACUCUGGGCUUACAGUAGACAUCCAAACUACUUUGGAGAAAUCCUGCAGUGGUCAGGUCUCUGGCUCUCAGCCUCCUCAGCGAUGCAGGGUUCCCAGUAUCUCAGUGUGGUCUCCCCUCUAUUUGUCUGGUUCCUGCUACGUUACGUCAGCGGUAUCCCCAUCUUAGAAAAGCAGGCCAUGAGGAAGUGGGGAUCUGACCCCGCCUUCCAGAACUAUGUGAAAAAUACCCCCCUUCUGUGGCCACUCCCUAAAUUUUGAUGUCACUUUUAUGUUUGAACACUGAACAAGAGUUACCUCUCACAAAGAAGCUACGCACGUUCAAAUCACUGAAAAUGAGUGAGGUUUUUUGUAAUUUACUUUUGGUGUCUGCAAUUUUUAAAUGUAAAUUUUUCACAUACACCAUUUACAUAAAAGUCACAUUAAAUAUUUUGUUGGGCCUUUGAUCAAUAUCUGAAUAUAUACAUUUUUGUUGAGUAUAAAGUCACCUCUGUUUUUACAUUCAAUGUUUCUACUUUGAGUGCUGGUAAUAAUUUUGAGCUAUUCAGGCGUUAUUGGCAUUAAGAGUGAAACAUGAUAAUGGGCAUCAAAGUGGAAAUACCAUCAGUCCUCAGAGGAGGUGGUAUCAGUUACAGGAGUUAGAAUUUUUCUUGAGGUUUCCCGAUGUUUCUCUUAAGACUUAAAAUCCAAACAUGGAGUCCUCACAUCAGCAAUAUUAUUGGUUGCAACAAUACAAAAUUUAAAAAAAUAAAUAAAUUGGCUCUAAGUACACCUAAUCAUCCUAACGAUGUGAGCACAAGCCUCCCCAGUGGCUUUCGAGAAUAUGGAUCACAUACUCAACCAACUUUAGCCCUCCCUUCAGGAUGAUCCCACAUAAUGAUAUUAAAGUAGACUAAAUGGGAUUGCACCCUCAUUUACUGAUUAAUUUUCAAAAUGUAAAGAAGCUACACAAAACAGUCACAGGACAGGAGACAUUUUUGUAAAUGUAUUUUAUAUGAAAUUCAGAUAGUGUAUUUUUGUUCAAACUGCGUGAUUAUAGUUUAUCAAAUAAUGCCCCAGUAAUUCAACAGGCUAAUAGCCCACUGUAAUUGCCUUUUGUGCAGGACUGCUUAUAAGCAACCUCCCACAGUACAAAUAUUACACAGAUCAAUAAACACCAGAGGGUCUGGUGCAGCAGAGGCUACAGCCUGCAGCACAAACCAGUGACCAAAACUCCUGGUAAAAGCUUUGUUGCCUUUCAAUGACAAUGAGAUCAUUGACAUUUACUAAAACGAUCCACACCUAGUGAAGCUUGUAGACGAUGACCAAGUAGAUCUGGUUGAAAGUUGAGUUCUUAUUACUACAGUUUGUUAUUAAACAAGAAGGAAAAGGUAUGCACACUUCUAAAUUAUAUUCACUAAACAAAAUACUGUGGGACAAUUCAAAUUAAAAUAAAAACAAAUGAAAUACAAACAUCAGCCACACAAUCAACUAUAACCUAGAAUGAAAAACCAAAAAAAUAAUAAUAAAAAAAAUAAGUUUCUCAACUUCUGAGUGACACAUGAGCUGAAAAACUAUUAAAGGGAAACAAUUACAUUUAGAAGCGGGUCACAAUAAAACUGUUCAUAUACAGUACAUAUUUUCAUCUAUGAGCACACUUAUCUAAGAGUGAAUAGACAGUGCAUUUUUGUGUGUUGUCAUCUGAAAUGAGAAUGCCACACUGGACAUUUAUUAGGAGCAACAGUCCUAAAGACACAAGUGUGCACAGACAGAAAAAACUAGUUCUUUUAAAAAAAAAUUCCCAUUUUACAAAUGUUAAAAACAAAAAAAAAAAAAAACAAUAAAAACUAACAUUCAGAAACAGAAUUUUUAAGAAUGCAGAGGAAGACUACAAAUGUUAUUCAUAAAACAAACUAGUCGCUGUUAUUGCAGUAAGAAUAAAGGAUUAAAUGCAGCUGCUUUGAUAUUAUUUGAGGAGCGGAGAAGAAAAGAACUUUCCUUGGCGAGAAAAUCCCACUGCUGAUUUGCUCUUUGACCCAAAUCUGCAACAAACAGCAUACAUAAAAAAAAAAAAAUUAAAAAAAACAUGAUGGAAUUAUUAAUUAGGAGCUAUAGUCAAUAAAACAGAGCUGAUGAAUGAUAAUGAGAUAUUACACAGUAGAUUAAGUUAUAUGAAAGUCAGAAGAAGUCAGCAUUUAUGUAAAUUAGGAGAGAAAACACUUUGUAGCUUUAUCUUCUCAAUUAAUCAUGAGAUCAUUGAUUAUAAUGCCAGCAGGGCCGGGAGGACUGUGCUCAUGUGAUUACCUGGGUGUCAGGGAGGACUUCAUGCGCUGAGACAGAGAGCUGGAGGAGGGGGUUUUAUUGAGCUGGUACUCCGGAGUGGUCAGAGGUCCCAGUAUGCUCACUGAAAUAUCACAAACAGUUAACAUUUACAAUCUCAGCCUCCCAUGAAAUGUCAGGCUGUUGAAACGACUGCGCCCACACUCAUACGGCAAUAACAAAAAGUUUUAACAAACCUCCAGCUCUCUCAGGGGUGGCGUAGCAGUUUGCAUUUUCAAUGAUCAAAUGCUCCAAGUUCGGCUGCUCGUGUUCUGCUGCCAUCACAAACUGGGCCCAGAAAUCCACCGGCAGAGCCAACAGACGCUCCACAACCUGAACAGAAAGGGAUUAGUAAAAAAUGGAAAAAGAUCAGGGUUAUUUCAGAGUAUUGCCUAAUCCACUUCCGCCCGUGCUACGCUAGUUAGGUUUGCCUUAAGCAAGAUCGAGGGGAGUUACUAAAAAAAGAAAAGAAAAAAUAGAAAAAAAAAAUAAUGGUGUUAUGCUCUUCUUCUGUGCAAUAUUACACUGUAAGGUUUUUUGUGGCCUCCAGCUGUUGUGUGUGCUCAGUCUCCUAGAUUUAGCCAUUCCACAUAAUGUAUAUUAAAUCUGUUGCCAGACACGGUCAUCCUGAUAAAUAGCAAAAUGCAUCAGAAUUAAGAUUUUUUUU